AUGGAGCCUAUCAAGGAAAUCGGGCAGAGGCGUUCUCUCAAACGUUCUUCUGCGAAGAUUAGUGUACUGGUAGUGGACGAUGAUUCCGCAUGUCUCUCCAUUGUUUCAGCCAUCCUAAAGACAUGGGAGUAUGAAGUGGUAACCGUGAAACACCCGAUUGAUGCGUUGUCUACACUUCGCCAAAGGCAAGCUUCAUUCGACCUUGUGGUAACGGACUACCACAUGCCCGACAUGAAUGGACUUGAAUUGCAAGAGCAAAUCCAAGAAGAAUUCAAGCUACCUGUGAUCAGUGGGUGUCCCAUAAACUUCACAAUGAUGUCAGGAGAAGAAAGGGAGUGCAUAAUGUUGAAGAGUUUAGAGCGUGGUGCUGCAUUCUACAUUUCCAAACCCGUAAGGCCUGAACAUCUCAAGAAUAUAUGGCAAUAUGCAGUUGCGGCCAGGAAAGGCAAAUCAGUGGUCAUUGAAGAGGAGACUAAUUGGGAACCGGAUUCACAGAUAUGCAGUCGUCCUAAGGACAUCAUGCCUCAUGUAAACAGCAAUUCUUCAUCAUCUGUGAACAAGACAAAGGACGUUGAUAGUAAUAAUGAUGAGGAUUCCGAUACUGAGUCACAAGAAAAGAACGAGGACAAUAACCAAAAACCUAGAAAACCGAAAGUUGUUUGGACAACCGCACUUCAGAAUCGGUUCUUGCGAGCGAUAAGCAUUAUCGGAUUCGAGAAUGCUGUGCCGAGGAGAAUUCUCGAUGUCAUGAAUGUACCAGGAAUAACUAGAGCGAAUGUGGCCAGCCAUUUACAGGUUCGCUUUCUGGAUAUUCCUCAAGCAUAUAUAGUACAUUAG